AUGGCCACCGUUGCUUCCGAGAUUAUCUACCGCUCGUACGAGGGUGAGGCCGACUUGCCCAACAUCAUCUCCCUCGUCCAGUCUGAGCUCUCCGAGCCCUAUGUGGUGUACACUUACCGCUACUUCUUGCGCCAGUGGCCACACCUGUCUUUCCUAGCAUUCGCGCCCGACUCCCCGAUACCCGUCGGUGUCAUUGUGUGCAAGCAGAGCGUACACCGGGAGAGGAUCAACCGUGGGUAUAUCGCCAUGUUAUCCGUCAACAAGUCCUACCGCAAGCAGGGUGUCGCAAGCGCCCUCGUGCGUCAUUCGGUUGAAGCCAUGAAGGCCACAGGCGUCGAAGAGGUGAGCCUCUCUCCUUCUCUCGUCUCUCGUCGCUCCUUGCGAACCCCAUACGCGUUAGAGCCCGCCCCGGACCUGCCACGUCACGACGUCUCGUUGGGGUUGAGAUACCUCCAGCCAGCCGUAGCCAGUAUCGUGCCCGGGUGCUCCCCGUCAGCAUGUACGCUGGAGCAGGCCAGAGGCUAUACGCUAUCUCGUAUCUCUGCCGGGACCGGUUACGUCCGCAUGGGAAUGUCGUGCCGUGGCGUCGUGUUCUUAUCGCCCGACUGCGUUUCGUCUGUAUCGUUCGACUCGGGCGCUAACGUUCCUUUGUUCCAGGUCGCGCUGGAGACCGAAUACGACAACGGCGCUGCCCUCGCGCUCUACAGCUCGCUCGGCUUCAUCCGCGAGAAGCGCUUGCACCGCUUCUACCUGAACGGCAAGGACGCUUUUAGGCUCGUGCUCCCCGUCAGCGCCCCAGCUGUGCUCCGCCGCAACAGCAACAACUCGGACACCUCUUCCAUCAACUCUUCGUCGAGCGAUGAUGUAUUUGACGAUGAGGACCUCGAGUGGGAGGAUGUUGGGAGGCUCAUCCGCCUCCGGCGCAACGUGACUCAGCUCCGUGCGGCCAAGUUUGUACCCGUGUGGGAGCGCGAGGACGUCGAGGGCAACUCGGCUCGUUAA